AUGCCCACAAAUUUGCAGUCCAACCUUCUCUUGGGCCCCACCUCGUUUGACGGCGGUGGCAUCUCCAAUUUGAUUGGUCCAUGGGCCUGGCGAGCUCUCCCAAGCCACCUCUGUCGUCGCUUCACGACGUCUGCUACCAUCAACCGCCUCCAGAAUCACUAUACCACUCUGGGCGUUUCUACAAAUGCUUCCUCCUCAGAUAUUAAGAAGUCUUACCGUCUUCUUGCUCUCAAGAGAAAGAAGUUGGAUUUGCACUUGGACAUAAUAUACCAUAAAAUGUUCAUAGUAGUUCGAGAAAGGAACAUAACUAAAAGGAGAAUAUAUCUGGGGGCAAGUGCUUACAGUUUGUUACUUUUUUCAAGUAUGAUUUCAAGAAUGUGGUUAGGACUUGGGCAAUAUGUUCCUGAAGACUGCAUUAGGAGACUAAUGGAGGCAGUGAGCAUCUUUGAUGUGGAGCAUCACAUGAAUACAAUG